CACACACACACACACACACACACACACACACACACACGCACGCACACGGCUCUCCUCCCUCCCUCCAAUGGCUGCUACCAGUCCUCCUGCUCACGCUCUACUGGUGCUGUUUGAUCUCAAUGGGACGCUCGUCCACCGCACGUCCAAGACCUCGCGGGAGGUAGGCGAGCGGUACAGUCCGGCUGGCAAGGACUCGGGCAAGCGGCAUGUGUAUGUCCGCCCAGGUGGGGCUGAUGUUCUUGCUGCUCUGGCUGCUCAUCCGCGGGUUGCUGUGGGCAUCUACACCUCUACCUUUCUUCGGAAUGCUGCUCGGAUGACUCUGGCCGUCGCAAGAUCUGCCCAACUUGCUCCUGGUGCGCGCCUGUCGGAGAUCGAGGCUACUGCUCCCGACUGGAUCGCUGCUCCAAGGGCAGACUCCCGCCCGCUACUCCUUCAUCCGCUCACUGCUGCGUCUGCUAUCAAUGAGCUCGGUAGCGCGAGUGGUACCGCUGCCGAUGCUGCAGACGCCGCAGAUGCUGCCGAUCGCUGCGAGGACGGGCCGAAGCCUGGCGAGCUGUACAUCGACUACGUCCUCCACCGCGAUCAUAACAAGCCCGACCCGACGGGUGCCAAGUCGCAUGACACCAUCCGGGACCUGGGCGCAGUGUGGGGCGAAGAGGACGGGCCGGGCGCAGCUGGUUUUGGCCCGCACAACACCAUUGUUGUCGACAACGAGUUCCGCAAAGUCCGUGAAGUCCCGCACAAUGCGCUCGUUGUCCCCACCUUUGACGCUCAAAGCAUGACCGGUGACAGUGUUGAGGGAUAUGCCGUCAUAGACGCCGUCUACCGCUACAUUCUUGAUGUUUUGCUGCCGGCCUUUGAUGCCGACGCCAGCCAAGCCGACGACGCCGACGUCAGCCAGGCCGACGCCCCGCCACCCGACGUCCGCACCGUCCUCGCCACCGCACCCUUUGCUGCUACCGCAGACACAAUCUCGCUCCCGCCGCUUCCGCCAACGCCAGCCGUCGCCAUCGCCAUCGCCAUCGCCAUCGCCAUCGCCAUCGCACAACUCCCACAACUCGCCUUUGCAGCACUCUUCGAGCCCUGACAAGCGCC